GAAUCGAGGAGCUGAAAGGACCAGACUUUGACAUUUCCUUUCAUGAGAGAGAGAAAUAGAGAGAUGUGAAGAGGGUUUGAUUUUUGAAUGUGAUUGUUCUCUCUCUCUAUUUUACCUGUUUUGUUUCGCCAGAGCUCGAUUCUUUUCUCUGCUUAUUUCAACACUUUCUUCGUUCAACCUUCUCUGAUUUUCUUCCAUUUUUCUAAGAGUUUUCGACUGUUUCACGCUUUCUUCAUCAUCAGGAAGCAAAAUAACGUUCUGGGUGUCUUUGUUUCUUAGAAACUGUUUCUGGGUGGCAGUCUCUGUGGAGAGAGAGACAGAGAUAGAGUAGGUAGAGUGAGUGUUCUGGGAGAUCAGUUUUGUGGGCAUUUGCAAUUUUUAUAAACUGGUUCUGGGUUGCUAUUUCUGAUUUUCAUUCUGAAGCAGAGACCUAGUGCUAUUUCGCUGGCUGUUACAGUGCUUUGAAUGAUAGUGAAAUAGAAAGCAAUGCAAUUUGAGGCAGAGACUCUUAUCUUCUAUUCAAAGCAAGUCUCUUUCUCACACUACGUAUAUUUAUGACUAAAAAACUAGUUAUCAAUUUGAUCCACCUCCAUAAUAAUAUCAUGGUGGAGGACAGUAGACAUGCUGCUUUGGUCAACAGCCAGUCGGCCGAAGAAUGGUUAGUGCGUGCCGAAGAACUUGUACCUGUGGCACUUGAGAAGGCAAGGGAAGUCAAGGGGUUUUCUGGGCGGUGGAAAAGGAUAAUCUCAAAACUGGAGCAGAUGCCAUCGCAUCUGUCGGAUUUGUCAAGCCACCCUUGCUUCUCAAAGAAUGCACUAUGUAGAGAGCAAUUGCAGGCAGUUUCGGAAGCAUUGAAUGAAGCAAUUGUAUUGGCAGAGUUGUGUGUUGAAGAGAAAUACAAGGGGAAGCUUCAGAUGCAGAGUGAUCUUGAUGCUUUGUCUGGUAAAUUAUAUUUGAAUUUGCAAGAUUGUGGGCUAUUGAUCAAGACUGGUGUACUCAGUGAGGUUACUUUCCCAUUAGCAGUAGCUAAUUCUUCAGGAGAACCAGGGGCGGCAAUUCAUGGCAGUAUAAGGGAAUUGCUUGCCCGUCUUCAGAUUGGGCACUUGGAGGCUAAACACAGAGCUCUUGACAGCCUUGUUGAACUCAUGAAGGAGGAUGAAAGGAAUGUUUUGGCAGGUUUGGGGCCGAGCAGUGUUGCUGCUUUAGUCCAAUUGCUCAUGGAAACUUCUCCUCGAAUCCGGGAAAAGACUGUCACAAUAAUCUGCUUACUUGCGGAAUCUGGCAGUUGUGAGAAUUGGCUUAUUUCAGAAGGUGUUCUUCCACCCCUUAUAAGGCUCGUUGAGUCUGGUAGUGCAGUGUGCAAAGAAAAGUCUGCAAUUUCGCUCCAAAGAUUGUCAAUGUCAGCAGACGCAGUCCGUUCAAUUGUUGCACAUGGUGGGGUAAGGCCACUGAUUGAGAUCUGUAGAACUGGUGACUCUAUUUCCCAAGCUGCAGCUGCAUGUACUUUGAAAAAUAUUUCUGUUGUUCUGGAAGUGCAGCAAACUCUUUAUGAAGAAGGCAUUGUAAAAGUUAUGAUCAAUCUCCUGGAUUGUGGGGUACUAUUGGGAUCUAAAGAAUAUGCAGCUGACUGCUUGCAAAAUCUAACUUCCAGUAAUGACGAUCUUCGAAGGUCUGUUAUUUCUGAAGGUGGAGUCGAAGGCCUAUUGGCUUAUCUUGAUGGUCCCUUAACCCAAGAAUCUGCAUUAUGGGCAUUAAAGAAUUUGGUUGGCUUGAUUUCUGUGGAAGUUUUGUGUUCACUUGAUCUCCUUCCCCGUUUAGUUCACGUGCUAGGAUUGGGAUCCUUAGGUGCUCAACAAGCUGCUGCAUCGGUGAUUUGUCGAGCCUGCAUUUCAACAGAGAUGAAGAAAUUGGCUGGUAAAGCUGGAUGUAUACCACUGCUUGUCAAAAUGCUUGAGGCUAAGACAAACAGUGCCAGAGAAGUUGCUGCACAAGCAGUUUCAAUUUUGGUGACACUCUCAUACAAUUGCAGAGAAGUUAGAAGGAACGAUAAAAGUGUGCCAAAUCUGGUCCAGUUGCUUGACCCAAGUCCUCAUAACACAGUGAAAAAAUAUGUAGUUUCUUGCCUUGCAUCACUCUCCUCGAGCAAGAAAUGUAUGAAGCUGAUGAUUUCGUAUGGAGCGAUUGGGUAUCUCAAGAAGCUCUCUGAGAUGGACAUCCCUGGUGCCAAGAAGCUACUCGAGCAGUUGGAAAAGGGAAAGCUAAGAAGUUUGUUCAGCAGGAAAUAGAACAUUAUUUUGGAUUGUCCUUGUAUAAUGAAGUACUUCCUAUUUCCUCUUUCCGGAUGAUCUUUGUUUCAUUAUCUGUAUGAAAAAAAGUUGUUAAUAUAUGAAUUCAAAUGCGCAAGCUUGUUAAUCUAUGAAGUGAUUUUUUUUCCUCC